CAUCCCACGGUGCCCGUCCUCACCUCAUCAUGGGCAAGCGUUCCUCGCUGCCCUCUUCGUCCGCCGCGCCUCCUGCUGCAGCUGAGGCGUCGCCCGCGCUCGACGACGCAGCGGCAGCGCAGAAGAAGGCCGACAAGGCCGCGCGCAAGGCCGCAAAGGCCGCGGCCUCUGCCUCGGCCACUGCGGCACCUGCUGCGCCUGCCGCAGCGCGCCCGCCCACCUUCGAUGCUGCUCUCGAUGCCAUCUUCAGCAGUGCCGGCGCCGCGCCCGCGGCGCUCAGCCUGCCUUCUCUCGCCGCACCGCGCGCAGAGACGGCGGCCGAGAAGCCAAAGAAGAGCAGCAAGCGCAAGCUCGAGGCGGCGCCCGUCGCUGCUGCCGCCGCUGCCGUCGCCGAUAGCGAGGCGACAACUUCGACGCCGCAGCAGCAGCAAAGUGGCAGCGCAAGCAAGCGCGCCAAGCGUGGCAAGGGCGCCGUCGCCGAGCGGGCCGGCGCCUCUUCCAGCACUGCUUCCACGCCCGAUGCGCCUGCGCCGGCUGCUGAAGGCGAAGCGCCCGUUUUCAGCGACUCGGAAGACGACGACGAUGCCGCGCCGCCAGUGCACGAGACAGUGCUCGCAGCACGAGCAUCUGCCGCUCGGCACGCACCCGCGCAAGAUGGAGGCCCUUCGCAGGCCGAUGCCGCACGCGCAGAACGCGACGGCCGCAGCAUCUUCCUCGGCAACGUGCCCAUCUCUGUGCUCUCCUCCAAGUCUCAGCGCCGCGCCUUGGUUCGCCACGUCUUGCUCCACUCUCCCUGGCCCUCUCUCACGAAGCUUUCCGCGCUGCGCUUCCGCUCCGUGCCGUUCUCGGUGCCCACGGGCGACUACGCCGCAGCGACGGCGGCAGAGGCAGCAGCGUCGGAGAAGCGUCGCAAUCGCACGCGGGACUGGAAGGCCAAGCAGGCGGGAGAGGAGGGCAAGAGCUGGCUGACGCCGGCGCAGAAACGCAAGGUGGCCUUCAUCAAUGCCAACAUCAACGAGCAGGCGCAUUCCCUCAACGCCUACGUCUCGGUCCACGCGCCCACGGUCGCCAUGCAGCAGACAUUCGCUCAGCAACACGGCGCCAGCGAGCAGAGCACCGCGUUGCUCCAGGCUCCGGUGCUCGCUGCGUUCAUCGCGAGCAACGUCGAUGGCUCGGCCUUCCGCGGCCGCCAUCUGCGCGCCGAUGUCUGUGCCGCCUUGUCCGCCUCCCUUCGUGCAUCGGCCGGUCUGAACGCGUCGCUCCCGUCGGGCCAACUACUCGGUGCUCCGCGUUCCGACGACAUCGACGCGCCCAACUCCGUCUUCGUGGGCAACCUCGACUUUGCGGCCGACGAGGAGAAGCUGUGGGACUGGUGCGAGCGUACGCUGCAGAAGGAACAGGGUGUGCCGCCGGAGUGGGAGGAGGUGGAGGUGGGCAAGUACGGCAAGCUGCCGGCGGCGGAGAAGCGAGGGGAGAGUGAGAAGCAGGCCGCGACGAGGGAGGAGAUGGACGAGCUGGACAGGGACGAGAUUGAUGAUGACGAAGAAGAGGCGCAAGAGUCCGAUGCCGAAGCCGACGAUGCCGCCCUCGCCGACGCCAAGGAGGGCCAAGCCGCUGCGCGCCCGGCGCGUCUCUUUCCCGCCCCAGCACCGCGCGAAGCCUCCUUCCUGCGUGCCAUCCGCUUCGUGCGCGACCCCGCGACGCAGAUGGGCAAGGGCUUCGGCUACAUGCGCUUCGCCACGCCCGCGAGCGUGGAUGAGAUGCUGGCGCUGGCCGCGUCCGACGAGGCGGUGCUUGCGGCGCGCAAGAAGGGCGGCGCGGCGGCAAAGAAUGCCGCGGCAAGCCAGGCGGCUGCGACGGGCGAGACGCAGUUCCGGCGCAAGAUGAAGUUUGACGGCCGACCGCUGAGGGUGAGCCGAUGCAAGAAGCAGCGCCCCAAGCCUGCCUCGUCGUCGGCACACGGCGCACGCGGCGACAAGAUCAAGUCGACGGCGCCUCCUGCGGCGCUCUCGACGCCGAACAAGCGCGCCCGCAGCUCGGGUGCGCCUUCGCCGGGCGGCUCGUCGCCGAGCACGAGGCGCGAGGCGCGCUCGCAGGCCGGCCGGAACGGCGCCUUUGCGCGUGGCGGCGCGGCUCGCUCGACGGGUGCUGCUGCCGCUGCUGCUGCUGGGCCGCCCGUCAUCAAGGCCACUGCGACCAAGGCAAGCGCGGCGAGCUCGACGGCACAAGCAGCGGCCAAGACGCCCAACCCACCGCCGCAGGCUCCGCGCGAUGCGGCCAAGGAGGCGCGCCUGGCGGCCAAGCGAGCGGACCCCGAGCGCGCGGCCAAGCGCGCCUCGAAGAAGGCACGCAAGGUCGUCGAGGCGCGUGCGGUGCGCAAGAUGGGCGGCAAGGAGGCGCUGCUGGGCAAGGUGCGCCUGGAGCAGAAGAAGAAGAGCAGGCCGGGCGAGGCCAAGAAGGGCGGCGCGCCCAAGGGCAAGGCCAAGGUGAUGGGCGGCAAGCGGCCGUAGAGCCGUGGCAAUGAGAUCUGAUCGGAU